AUGAACACACACUUCGCGCUCGCUGCCAUUGCCCUGGUUGUUGCUGCCUCGGUGAACGGCGACCUCUGCAACAAGGAUCAAAGUCAAGCUGCUAUCGCUUCGAUGUCGGGACUCCUACGGCUGCCGGAGGUCAACUUGUGCGGCAAAAAAUCGGGCUUCAACUUGAUGUCCUCCAAGACGGCGCCGAACCCAACGCAGGAAGACGCUAUGUGCAAGGCCUUCGCAUGCCACACGCUCAUCUCACUUUUGCAAUCGGCCGACCCGCCUGAUUGCGAGAUGAAGAUCCGAACUAGCGGUGCCGCCUUGAACAUCAAGACCAUCGUCGAUGGUUUCGAAUCGAAGUGCAAGUCGCCGAACUCUACGCGGUUCACUGUCCCGCCCACCAAUCCCACGAACUUGAAGACCGGCAAGGCCUUACCAGUGUCCGUGGUAAAAAGCAAGAAGGCCCAGCUGAGCAACGUCGCUAAUAAUCGCGUUGGUACGCGAUACGCGUCUUCUAGUAAGCCCCGACUAGCGCCUCCUACGACCCUCAAGCCCAGACUAGCGCCUCCUACGACCCUCAAGCCCAAACUAUCGCCACAUAUUGGUAAAUUUUCCCCGGCGUCGGGUGGAAGGCAGGAACAGCGAAGCUACGAGGCGGUCGACGAGGACUACGAGACGGACGAGGAGAACUACGAGACGGUCGAGGGGGACAACUCGACGGUUGAGGAAGACCGCGAGUUUGCUGACCCGGUGAGCGCCCCGGUCAGUGCCCCGAAACCCACCAAGGCAAGGGGAUCAGUGAAAUGUAGCGUCUCAUAG